CUCCGGAAUCUGACAUCGGAUUAAUUCUUUAAAAAAAUUAAUGUCAUGCUUGAGAAAAGAAGAAACGUCUAACUUAUAUUUAUCUAUAUUUGUGACGAUAUCGAUCAUCUGAGAAACACGAAAUACUGUUUUAUAUCUUACGUUGAUUGAAAACAAAGUCACGUGACCAAAAGUGACAUGAUGGCGGAGGAGGAGAGAUUCCUUCUUCACGAAUCUGUAUUUCAUGAUGAUAUUAGACGAGUUGCACAACUCUUACGGAGUCAUGAUAUUGCACAGAGAGAUCACCAUGGUAACACGCCUUUGCAUUUGGCAGUGAUGAUGGGACACAAAGAAUGUGUUCAUCUACUUCUCGCCCAUGGAGCUCCCGUCAAGGUAAAAAAUGCUCUUGGCUGGAGUCCCUUGGCAGAAUCUGUAAGCUAUGGAGACAGACAAAUAAUUUUGAUUUUAUUACGGAAGUUGAAACAACAGUCCAGAGAAGCGUUAGAGGAACGCAGACCAGCCUUAGUCAGUGCUUUACAUGAACUGGGUGAUUUUUAUCUAGAACUGAAAUGGGACUUUCAGAGCUGGGUUCCACUAGUAUCUAGAAUUCUUCCAUCUGAUGUGUGCAGAAUAUGGAAAAGGGGACCAAAUAUACGAAUGGACACUACUCUAGUGGAUUUCAAUGACAUGAAAUGGGAGAGAGGGGACAUAAGUUUUAUUUUUACUGGUGAAGCAAAACCUGCUAAUUCACUGACUGUUCUAGACAACAAAUUGCAAGUCUUUCAGAGUAUACGAUAUGAGGAGUCAGACUUGGAAUUGGAGGAUGAGGUAGACAUUUUGAUGAGCAGCGACAUCAUGGCCGCACAAAUGUCCACAAAGAAAAUCUCUUUCUCCAGAGCACAAAGAGGAUGGUUCUUUCGAGAGGAAAGAAGUGAAAUUGUGGGUUCAUUCCAAGCUGAUUUUUAUACAGUCCAUGGUUUGGCACUAGAAUCCAGGAAGAGGCGAGAACAUUUGUCACCAGAAGAUCUCCAGAAAAAUAAACAGAUAAUGGAAAACCUAAGUAAAGGCAACAUAAUUGACAAUUACGAACACAUUCAGCGUAGGCCAUCCCUACGACCACCUCCAGAAACUUCGGUGACAUGGGAAGAAUAUUUAAAUGCUGAACCUGGGCGACCACCAACACUUGGCCGGAGGAUGCUCUGCAAAGAAAAUGCCAAGACAUUUAAAGCAACAUUAGCUAUGAGUGAAGAGUUUCCAAUGACGAUAGAAGCGUUGCUUGAUGUUCUGGAAAUUAUUGCUCCAUUCAAACACUUCAGCAAGUUACGGGAAUUUAUGAUCACAAAACUUCCACCUGGGUUUCCUGUUAAAAUAGAAAUCCCAGUUUUUCCCACUGUGACAGCUCGGGUGACUUUCCAGGAGUUUGACUGGAUGCACGACAUAGGGGAUGAGAAGUUCAUGAUUCCCAAGGACUAUACUGAGGAUCCCAACAGGUUCCCUGACUUGUGACAUUACCUUGAGAUCAACUUCAUUCACAUUCUUUGUUCAUGGAGAGAUGUAGCAGCAGGGAACAAAGAGGCGGGUGAGGAGGAGGAGGAGGAGGAGGGGGAGGAACAGGCAGGAAUUGAUCUUCCAAUGACUAAUUUGGGAAAUGAGAGCACAGAGAUGACCCUUGUGUUUUGAUUGAAUACAAUAAUACGUUGGAAGAAUUGUGAUAACAUAUCAAACCAAAGUCUUAGCAUAACGGUAACUUGGGUAUCAUCUUUGACACGAGGGUGUCCAGCUGCAUUCCAUCUCCCUGGCACUUGUUCCAGAUUUUGUGGUGUGAAGCACAGACGCCAAAGAUGAUACUGCUCAUUGUGUUGAUGGGAUGCCCAAGUUUGCUAGACCUCUGUUAUGAAUAUUCUCACAAUUGUGAAUUUACUUAUUAGGCAAUAGAAAAUGGAGAAUAUUUUAUUAAUUUUGCCAACUUCCUAAGUACUGUGUUAAUUAUAACCAGCCUCAUAAUCUUUUGUUUUGUUUUAAAAUGUGCUUACGGUCUGUAUUUAAAAAUUAGCAGCGUCUGAGCUGUUACUACCUUUUAAGGAUGCCUCUUAGCAAAUUAUACAUUUUUUUUUUCAUAUUUUUAGAGUUAAGACUGUUGGUGUCUUUGUUUGCUUGUUUAGGCAAUAAGUUAAAUAACAUAAAAUAUUUUACUUAAGAGUAUGGAACUAUAAACAUACAUUAGGGGUUAGUUGUAGGGAUUACAAAUGUCCUAUAAGUUGGUUUUGGGGCUCUUUGGACUUCUUUUCUGUAUCCUAAACUUAAUUGUGUUCUGUUUUGUACAAAUGCAUUUAUUUAUUAUAUAUAUAUA